GUAUAUAUCGACGAUGUCUUAAUUGCCAGCUCAUCGAUGGAAGAACAUAUGCAACACUUAAGCCUGUUAUUUCAAAGGUUUGAACAAUUUGGAGUUGUUAUCAAUCCAAAGAAAUGUAUUUUUGGUUCCCCUUCCAUUGAAUUCUUAGGACAUCGAAUAACUGCUGAAGGCAUCAGACCUACCGAAGAUAAGAUAGAAACUAUUAAGAACUUUCCCGAACCUGAUUCCUUAAAGAAACUUAGACGUUUUCUCGGGAUGUUCAACUUCUACCGACGUUUUAUUCCAUCAUGUGCCUCCAUAGUUCAACCACUGACCGACCUACUUAGAUGCAAUUCGAAGAAAUUUCAGUGGUCUGAAGAAGCAAAAGCAGCAUUUAAUAAUGCAAAAGAUGCCUUAUCCAACGUCGUAAUGUUAUCUCACAUCAACCCAGAAGCUUCACUCAUUUUAUGUACAGAUGCAUCGCAGGUAGCAGUGGGAGCAGUUUUACAACAAAAGUUCAAUAAUGACACCACUCCACUUGCUUUCUUCUCCAAAAAGUUGGAACCUGCGCAAACUCGUUACAGUACCUUUGGCAGAGAACUGUUAGCCAUCUACCUAGCAGUGAAACAUUUCAGCUUCUUACUACAAGGUCGACAUUUUACUAUCUUAACCGACCAUAAGCCUCUUUGUUAUGCUUUCACCACUUCGUUGGACAGACACUCUCCGAGAGAAGCCAGACAACUGGAUUACAUCUCACAAUUCUCAACAGACAUCCAGUUCAUCAAAGGAGAUUCUAAUAUCGUAGCCGAUUCUUUGUCUCGAUGUGACGUUAAUCACCUAUCUUCGAUAGAUAUUAGCUUAGACAAUAUUGCCAAGCUGCAGAAAAAUGACGCCGAACUCCAUACUUGUAGACGAAACUCCUCCCUACAGUUGCAGGAUGUACCUAUUCCCCUGUCUGAUACAACUAUCGUCUGCGACGUUUCAACGGGAGUUCAUAGACCUUUUGUUCCACUAAGUUGUCGAAAAACUUUGUUUGAACAUCUACAUUCAUUGUCUCAUCCUGGAGUGCGUGCUACAGUCAAGUUGAUCAGCGAGCGUUUUGUUUGGCCCAAGAUGAACUCCGAUAUUCGGAAAUGGGCCCGCCAAUGCUUGCAAUGUCAAAGAUCCAAGGUACAUCAUCACACCGUCACACCUCCAAAACAGUUCAAUUUACCCGAUAAACGAUUUCAACACGUUCAUAUAGAUGUUGUUGGACCAUUACCGCCAUCCAGAGGAUUUACUCAUAUACUUACUGCGAUUGAUCGAUUUACCCGAUGGGCUAUUGCUUGUCCACUCAACGAUAUAUCUGCAGAAAAUAUCGCUUUGGUUUUCUUAGAUCGCUGGGUGUCAAACUACGGAGUACCCACAACUAUUACAACAGACCGAGGAGCUCAAUUUCAAUCAACUCUGUUUCGAGAGUUUACGAGACUCCUUGGAGUGAACCAUAUCUCCACUACAGCUUAUCAUCCUGCAGCGAAUGGUCUGGUGGAACGUUUCCAUCGACAACUGAAAAGCUCGCUUAUGGCACAAGCUGACUCAUCUAAGUGGAGUGAACACCUACCAUUAGUUCUUCUCAGUAUCCGAUCAACUGUAAAAGAAGAUUUGGGAUGUACACCAGCUCAACUUGUGUAUGGUACUACCCUCACAUUGCCUGGUCAGUUAGUUCCGUCUAAUGAUUCAACUGAAGUAAAUAUCUCCGACUUCACCAACCGCCUUACCCAGCAUAUGCUUCAGCUUAGACCAGUAGCCCCUCGCCAAUCACUUCAUAAAGCUCAAGUAAAUAAGAACCUACUCACUAGCAAAUUUGUAUUUGUUCGCGUCGAUGCCAUUAGAAAAGGUUUACAACAUCCAUAUGAAGGUCCUUUUCUAGUACUUAAACGCACCGAAAAAUACUUCACGCUGAACAAACAUGGUAAACCGGAGACUGUUUCUAUCGACCGUCUUAAACCAGCGUACACCGACAGCGAACAUGAAACACUAGCAACGCCGACACCAAUAAACAAUCAGCAAGUCAAUGCAACUCCAACUCUCCCGCUCUUCACUCUUCCCCCUGUACAGACACGCAGUGGGCGGCAGAUCUGUAAACCUGCCCGCUAUGUUCAUUUCAUUGACUGACAUAAACGUUAACCUCAUUUAGACAUACUUCUCAUUACUAUUGUUGUUAACAUUCACUUCAUUAUAACCAUUAAUAUUUAUUAGUAUUAUUAUUUGCUGUUCGUCAACUGUACUGCAAGCACACGCAUUCACCACGUAUAUGUGUAUAUCUAUUUAUAUAUGAAUUUCACAAAUGUUAACAAACAUGUCAUGGUUUAUUAUGUACAUAAAUUUUUAUUUAAAAUUAUAACAAGUUUUGAUUUUUUUUUAAAAUUCCUGUAUGUGCUUGUAUGUGCUAAACUUUAUACGACACGGAUGCAUUCCAUACAUCCUGAUCUAACUUUGUAUCCUUAUUGUUGUUAUUUUUUGUUAUCCAUAUUGUUGACAUUAUCCCUUAUUUAUGUUGCUUAUAUUCAUGUAAUCGUCCACGAGGGCAGUACUGAUGGUCCUCCGGACCUCUAAGAGGGGGAGCCCUGUGGAGUCCUCAAAAAGAAACUUAUCCAAAUUUUACUACUAUGUAAAUAAUGAACAUAUUGUACACCACUUUGUUUUAACCAGAAACUCUGUACUUUGACUUUACCUCGGGUUUUGAAUAAAUAUACAGCUGUGCCUUCGACUCUCCGUCUUCUCCACCAUCUCAACUGCCGUCGAUCAAUCCUAAUCACCUGCUUUCUAUCUCUGAUUUUUGCAGGAGCACCGUAGUUUCUUCCUACGUACUUUGGUCGACCUCCGGCAACGUUAACAUUGGAGAAUUACUACUGGAGCAGUCUUUCCGCAGCACCUGGAGUCUAUUACGUUUAUUGUGGA